AUGUCCCUCGCACAAGCAAAUUACCACAACCGCACUCGGUUCGGACAGGAUUACUACGACGAGCGCAUGCAGGCGUCCAGACAUGUGUCUCUGCAAAUGAAAGACGACGUUCCGAGCUUCACAGUAUCUAAAUCUGAGCCACAAGAGACCCUCUCGAAAGACGAAUCCGAAAAACCAGGUGCGCCUGAGCAGCCCUCGAAGAACGAACCCCAAGCCGAUCGACCAGAGCCGUCCGAGAAGACCUCGGACGUCCGUUCGUCAGACGAGAACCCCACCAGCACCAAGUCUGUAGAUCCCAUCCGCUGGUUCGGCAUCCUCGUUCCGCCCGCCCUCCGUUCCGCUCAGUCGAGCUUCGUUUCAGCUAUUGAGGGACCUAUACCGCGUCUCGCGACGCUUUCGAAAGAGCUGAGGAACUUACAGAUUGAGAUCGGGAGGGCGAGGAAGAGGCUACGGAAGAUCGAGGGGUAG